AAUAUUAAUAAACAUAAGUACCUAAAGUAACCCUUUCAUAUAUAUCUUUUUCUAUUCCUUCCCGGCAGAAAGUAAGAAAGAAAGAUUUUAGUGUUUUUUUUUUUGGCCCAAAAAAUGGCGGUAACAAUGACUGUUGAAGAACCAAUGCUUUCUAGGCUUGAUCGUCUUGAUAACAUUGUGAGGCAAUUGGAGGAAAUAAGAGGUGGAAAUAAUAGGACACCAAAGAGCUCAUGUGCAUCAACACCCUCUAGUGGUACCCUAACAAGUGAUGGGCAAGUAUCAUCAAUGGAUUUCUCUUCAUACAGCUUAGAGAAGCAUUGCCGUCCGAUUGACGACGUGAUCAUGGAAACAGGAGUCAAAGGGACCCUUAUUGAAAGGCUUGUUAAUGUGGAAGAUCGUGUAGCAAAGAUAUGCAUGCAAUUAGAAGAAGAGAUAGAGGCAGAAAAGAGAAGAAUUGAAGAAGACAAGAUGAAAUUAGUGGCCAAGAAAAAGAAAGGUGGUUUUAAGCAGCUGGUCAAAUCUUGUGUUACAGGCAACCAAACUAAGCGAACAUCAACUUGAUUUUUGAGAGUAUUUUAAGAGUGUGUUUUUAUUUUUAUUUUUUAUUUUUUGUGUUUUUCCCUUUUGUUGGUGCAAGGAUAAACGAUGAUGUGUUUUUUGAGAUCAUUGUACAUGGAACUUGUAAGCUAGUUUUACUUGGAGUUUUGUAAUGUAAUGUUUUAACACCACAAAUGACGAACCUA